CCGCGCGCGCGCCCUGACGUCCCCGCUGCCUCGUCCCCGCCGCUGCCGCCGCCACCGGUGCCGCCAUCGGAGUCGGUGCCCCCUCGGUGCGUCCGCGUCCCGGCCCCGCCGCUGCACCUCGCCCGCCGACGUCGCCGCGGCCAGUGCGCCCGAGCGGCCGCCCCUGCCGCCGCAGCCCGGGCAGGAGCGGCGGGCCCGGGACCGCGCGAGCGCGGAGUGACAGGCCCGGCGCCUGGUGCCGGGCCUCGCGGGGAGGCCCGAGCCGGGGUCGCUCCGGCCCCGCGCCGCGCCGCGCCGUUCAUGAAGCAUGUCGGCCACCAGCGUGGACCCCCAGGUAGCGGGCCGGCCGGGGUCGCGGGCCGGGGUCGCGGGGUCGCGGUCGCGGGCCGGGGCCUCCCGGGCUCGCCGCCGCCGGGGCCGAGUUUCCUGGUGAAUAACUUUUAUCUCCCUUUCCCCCGGGGUCCGUCUGCGCGCACGUCCCGGCCUGCGGCCACGCAGAGAACAAAAGGACAAGAUAAUAAAGUACAAAAUGGUUCAUUGCAUCAGAAGGAUACAGUUCACGACAAUGACUUUGAGCCCUACCUUCCUGGACAGUCAAAUCAGAGUAGCAGCUACCCCUCGAUGACUGACCCCUACCUGUCCAGUUACUACCCGCCGUCCAUUGGGUUCCCGUACUCCCUCAGCGAAGCCCCGUGGUCCACUGGGGGCGACCCCCCCAUCCCGUACCUCACCACCUAUGGGCAGCUCAGCAACGGAGACCACCAUUUCAUGCACGAUGCUGUUUUCGGGCAGCCUGGGGGUCUGGGGAACAACAUCUACCAGCAUAGGUUCAAUUUUUUCCCCGAAAAUCCUGCCUUCUCAGCGUGGGGAACAGGUGGCUCUCAAGGGCAGCAGACUCAGAGCUCAGCUUACGGGAGCAGCUACACGUACCCGCCCAGCUCCCUGGGCGGCACCAUUGUUGACGGACAGACAGGCUUCCACAGCGACUCCCUCAGCAAGGCCCCCGGCAUGAACAGCCUGGAGCAGGGCAUGGUGGGCCUGAAGAUCGGGGACGUCACGACAUCUGCAGUCAAGACAGUGGGGUCCGUGGUUAGCAGUGUGGCGAUGACUGGCCUCCUUGCUGGGAACGGUGGAGCAAACGUAAACAUGCCAGUCUCAAAACCAACCUCUUGGGCUGCCAUUGCCAGCAAACCCGCAAAACCACAGCCUAAAAUGAAAGCAAAAAGUGGGCCUGUGAUGGGAGGUGCCUUGCCCCCACCGCCUAUAAAACAUAACAUGGACAUUGGCACUUGGGAUAAUAAGGGGCCCGUGACGAAGGCCCCAGCUCCUCAGCAGACACCCCCUCCCCAGCCUGCCCCACUGCCGCAACAGAUUGUCCCGCCUGCCGCAGCUCAGCCCCCUCCUCUGGCCCAGCCGCAGUACCAGAACCCUCAGCAGCCCCCCCAGCCCCGCUGGGCAGCCCCUCGCAACCGGAACGCGGCUUUUGGGCAGAGCGGAGGCUCCAGCGGCGAUAGCAGCUCUGCUGGGGGCGGCCAGCCCAGUCCUGCCCCAAGCCUGGACGCCCACCCCGUGCUGGAGAAACUGAAAGCCGCCCACAGCUACAACCCUAAGGACUUUGACUGGAACCUCAAGCACGGGCGUGUGUUCAUCAUCAAGAGCUACUCGGAGGACGACAUCCACCGCUCCAUCAAGUACUCCAUCUGGUGCAGCACGGAGCACGGCAACAAGCGCCUGGACGGUGCGUUCCGCGCCCUGAACGGCAAGGGGCCCGUCUACCUGCUCUUCAGCGUCAACGGGAGCGGGCACUUCUGCGGCGCGGCGGAGAUGAAGUCGCCCGUGGACUACGGCACCAGCGCGGGGGUCUGGUCUCAGGACAAGUGGAAGGGCAAGUUUGAUGUCCAGUGGGUAUUUGUCAAGGACGUGCCCAACAACCAGCUCCGGCACAUCCGGCUGGAGAACAACGACAACAAGCCAGUCACAAACUCCCGUGACACCCAGGAGGUGCCCCUGGAAAAGGCCAAGCAAGUGCUAAAGAUCAUCGCUUCCUACAAGCACACGACCUCCAUCUUCGACGACUUCUCUCACUACGAGAAGCGCCAGGAGGAGGAGGAGGUGGUGCGCAAGGAACGACAGAAUCGAAACAAACAAUAAGAACAAGAGGGUGUCUUAUGUGUUCUAAUAUUAGACUUUGAAAACAGUUUAAAAAAAUACAUGCUUGGUGCAGUCUUUGGGCAUCAGGCCACAUGUUGUCUGUGCAGGGGUUGAGGUGUUGCGUCUGUUAGUUCUUUGCCGUUUGAUUUUGCCCCGAUGGAUCGGCAUUUGUUUGUAUUUUUCUGUGUGUUAUGAUACUGUAGAAUUCACUAAUAAAGGUUGUUAUUUUUCGUCAGCUUAUCAUUCAGACUGACCUAAUACAAAAUAUAAAUAUCCUUAAAACAAAAAGCUUAAUACAUCCCAAAGAUUAUUUUUAAUUUUGGCAGAAAUUAUGUUCUGAUUCUGAUAUUCAUUCAUUGGCUAUCUCUAUAUGACUUCUUAUUUCUUGCCCCCUUAUUACUUUAGAGCACACAGAAGAAACCAUGAAUUGUGUAGUCAUUUAGAGUUUUCUGUUAAAAUGCUUCUCUUCAGAAUACUGAAAUCAAAAGGCUAAAAAUCACCUUGGUUGGCUAGUUUGCCAUUUAUCUGAAAUGCUCAUCUGCUUUUUAAUUUUUACGCUUUGGUGAAGUGUUUCUUGGAGUCCCCCUCCCCCCGGGGGCCUGGUCUGCAGGUGUCUGCAGUCCCUGCUUGCUCAGGGCUGUGACACAGCUAGGUAGUGAGUGAGAGACUCGCAGAGGCUUCGGAAGCGUUUUGAAUCGGGUUUGGUGCUGAGGUGUUCUUCGUUUUUUGCCGAUCAUUUUAAUUUCCCUUUUUUUUCACUUGCAAAUCCUAAUGCCAUCUUAGUUUUUAUACCAAUAAUGCUGAGCUUUAAAUGUCAGAACCGCUGGGCAGUGUGACAGAUAAUGCCUCUGGUGUGUACAUUUGACCAUGUGUCCAAUUUUUUUUUCCUGUUGAAUGGGUGAAAAAAGCAAAACAGAAACAAAAAAGACGUAAAAACUGAAUUUGCCGUCCUGUUUUGUGGCAUGAGGGAACCGUUGAACUCGCCACUGCCUGGAGUUGCGUUCACGCAUGAAAAUGGUGCUCACGCCUGCUGCCUGGCACGCAGCCUGCACGCGUCUGCUGUCGAGGGUCUCCCGCCCCGGAGCAGGGGUCUUCUGAAACUGGGGACUCCAGGAGACCCUCCGGUUCAGUUUAAGCUGUGUUAUUUAGACUUGUAUUUAGAACGUGUCACUCUCUGAGCCUGUGUGGAGUAAUGGACAACAUCAGAUAACUUCCUCUAGGAGAAUACAAGCCUUAAUAAACAAUACCUAUUUAGCA